UACCUGCGACACAGACAGCGGACAUACACACAUGUGGGGAGACGAUGGCUAGCGGAGAAAUGUGGAGCGUGCUGGAGGAGUGUGUGAAGACGAUAAAUGCCAACACUGCACAGCCCGCGGACUUUCUGAGCCUUCAGGAUGGCGCGGCAGCAGACUUUACCUCCCUCACGAAGACCCUGUACGACCUCCAUAAAGCCCAGGAGCCUGCAGAUUGUAAAAGCAGCCCGUUGACACAGCUGGUGGUGGAAAACUUUGAUGAAGAGCAGAUCUGGCAGGAGCUGGAGCUGCAGAAUAAUGUUGUACUGAAACACUUUAAAAGUGCCAUUGUUGAAGCUCUGUCAGAUGAGACAUUAACGGUGCUGGCGGAGGAGGAUGGUGAUGAUCCACAAGUAGAGACUGAUGAUGAAAAUGUUGAUGAAGAAGAAGAGGAGGAGGAAGAGGAGGAACCACAUAGACAGUCGAAGAAAAUGGCCAUGGAGGCUGAGGUUGGGGAAGGGGAUUACACAGAUGAGGACUCUGAUUUAGAUUUUGACGUGGAUGCUCUGGAGAAUAGGGAGAAAAAGAAGAAGGAGAUCGGAGGGAAAGGCUCCAAAACAAAAGUCAUUCCCUCUGAAGUUGAUGAUAAGUUCUUCAAGCUGUCAGAGAUGGAGUCAUUCCUUGAUGUUAUGGACAAGCAAGAGAGAAAGGAGGGUGAGGAAGAAGAUGGCGUAGACUAUUUUCAGGACGUGGCCUCUGAUGAGGACGAGGAUCUUGACCUAGAACAAAUAAUUUCCGCCAAAAAGCAAAAGAAUAAAACUUUAAAGAGCUCCAGGAAUCUCAAGUACAAGGACUUCUUUGAUGGUGUGGAUAGUGAACCAGCUAAAGCAGAUGACCAGUCAGAUUGUGAGGAUGACAGCGGCGACGAAGGUGAAGAACAAAUAGAUGACGAAGAUGACGAUUAUGAUGAUGGUGAAGAGGAGGCCGACGAUGAUGAUGAAGAGAGAGGUCAUCUGAAAGCGUCUCGUAAGAAAGUGGCCUUCAAGCUCCCGGGGGAGGACGAAAGUGAAGGAGAAGACAUGGAGGACAUUUUUGGAGGAAAAACACCAAGCGCAGCAAAGUCCGAAUCAAAGUCAUCGUUUGAGAAACGGCAAGACAAGAUGUCGGAGAAGAUCGACGAAUUGGAGAAAGCGGCUCUAGCAGCGAAGCCCUGGCAGUUGUCUGGAGAGGUGACGGCACAGAUUCGUCCUGAGAACAGCAUGCUGGAGGAACAUGUGGAGUUUGAGCAGACAUCCAGGAUGGCCCCUGCUAUCACAGAGGAAACCACACUACAGCUUGAGGACAUAAUCAAACAGAGAAUCAAAGACCAGGCGUUUGAUGAUGUGGUCCGCAAGGAGAAACCCAAAGAGGAGGUGUUCGAGUACAAGAAGAGGCUGACGCUGGACCAUGAGAAGAGCAAGCAGAGUCUCGCAGAAAUCUAUGAGCAAGAAUAUCUCAAGCAGAAUAAGAAAAAGACAGAGGAGGAGGAGAACCCAGCCCAUGUAGAAAUUCAAAAGCUUAUGGACACACUCUUCCUUAAGCUGGAUGCUCUCUCCAACUUCCACUUCACACCUAAACCACCUGUUCCUGAGGUCAAGGUGGUUUCUAACUUACCAUCCAUAACAAUGGAGGAGGUGGCUCCUGUCAGUGCUAGUGAUGCAACGCUGCUCGCACCAGAAGAAAUCAAGGAGAAGAACAAAGCCGGAGAUCUACUGGGUGACGCUGAGAAGACGUCAACAGACAAGAAGCGCGAGCGACGCCACAAGAAGAAUGCGAAGCGUCUGAAGAUCAAGGAGAAAGAAAAGAGACAGAAACUUAAAGAGGCCAGUAACACCGGAGAGGGCAAAAAGCCAUCAAAGGCCGAAGUCGCAGAAAAUCUGAAGAAACUCACAAAAGGAGGCAAAGCAACGAUACUUAAGGACGAGGGAAAGGACAAGGCUCUGCGAUCCUCUCAAGCCUUCUUCACUCAGCUGCAGGACCAGGUCAAAAGUCAGAUCAAAAGCCAAAAGGACCCGUCUUCAAAGAAGAAGAAGCACAAAGAAGUUUCUGUCAGCAAACUCAAAUUGUAAUGACUGUGAUGGUUUGUUGUGUAGGAUCAACUUGUUAUUGUACAGAUUCUUUUUAUGAGAAAGCAGAAAUAUAUUAAAUCUGAAAGUCCUUGUAAAACGAUUCCAUUUUCAUAAAAAAAUAAAUCACUGCCCAUAAUGCCUGUGUAUUUGAGCACUUUCAGAUGUAAAUAUAAAUAUUCAGUCAAAUGGUCAUUCAUAUGAAAGUAUCAAAGCGCUUUCCCUUUUGAAAGAUGAAUGCACAGUGUCUGUUGACCAAAUUUAGUUUUAUUUAAAUUUGUAUAUCUUUUUUAAUCAUGGCAGAUGAUCAAAUAUGUGAAAUUUGUAUUAGGCUGUUCAAUAAUAGCCCAUCUUUUAUAGUGGCUAAAAAUGUAAUCCCCUGACCAUCAGUGAUGCCCAAAUACAGGUUUUAGAUCCCCUGAGUUAAAUCAGGGUGUGACAAGUGAUUUUAUGUUUGAAACACCAUAAAGUCCAGUGCUUGUCCUGGAUGCAAAGGUUUUUAAGUUUGUUUUAGUGAAUUUAUCCAAAUGAAAAACAGGUAAUAAUUCAGACUGGCCCAUCAGAUCAGAGAUAUUAUAUUAUUGGAUUAUUGUCACAGGUGAAUUAAUGCUUAAGCACUAUUUCAUGUGGGAGCUUGUGGAGGUGGAGCAAAUUUUACGCCGUUUAAUCCAUCACAUUUUAGAGGCUGAUGUUUUGUAUUUAAACUUGGCUGUUUGAACUUUAACUAUUGCUGUCAAAUAAAUGUUGAAUAAAAACACAGUUUACCUCUAAAAUGAAUUUACAUAGACGUAAAGUAGCAUAAAAUAAAAAGCGUAGAGUAAGGUAGUAAUACCACUGGGUGUAGCUGGAUAAAUCCAAAAAUAAAAAUUAACUUCAUUUCAA